GUCACCUGUCAAUACUAAUGUCAUUUUUAUAAAAACAUUUUAGAAUUCAAAUAAAUCUUUUUUACAAUGCCCAUCGAUUGCCAAGGAUCCACGUCCGGGGGGGGCAAGGGGAACAUCGGUUUCUUUAUAGAGAGAGACCCCAAGGUCUGUGCUGCUGGUCUACCGACCGCCCAACCUGACGAAAAGGCCUCCGACUCCCUCCAACAUUAUCUCCUGAAGGACGAAGCGGAUGCUCUCCUCAGCGACGCCAUCAUCCCCCCAAAACCCCCAAGACCUUUACCACCAUUAAGACACCCUCCGAAGAUGGAUAUGCGAAAUGCUUACUACUCACAAGUAGCGCAGCUUGUAAACCCACCACCCAAAACUAAGUAUCAAAUAAUUGCUGAAGAUUUAAAAGAGACAGUGUAUUCUUCUUAUUGGACGAAGAUGUUAGCGCAGUCAAAAGACUCGGUACCUAUGCUGCCUGCAGGCUUUGAUAAAGAAGGCACUACGUUCGGUAAGAAGACGGAAUACCAUGGAACUUUGUAUGAUAUUGUAAUGCCCAAAGUGCCUUUACCUGAUAAGACUCCGCGCCCUAAGCAGUUAGCUGUCCAAAUUGAUAGAAAUUACUGUAGGCCUCCUUUUGAUCCAAAUUUAACAUACGGACAUAGAACAGGCCAGGAAAAAACGGGGAGAUCAGCUCUAUGCUGCGUUACUGAUGAUAAAGUCAAGGUAGGUACAGGCGGUCGGGACACUGUAAACAGUGUCUUAGCUGAUCACCAGACUGCUUCAAAGCCAAGAUUGGGAGAUGCUCUAACACCUUGUAAUAAUAUUAAUGAGCUCCCCCAAGGACAUGCCUUUGGGAAUACCAGUCGUUCGGAGAGCGUCGCAGAAUGUUUAGUGAACUGCAAGAUUAAUCCAGAGAAGGAAUACUUAAUGAAAUGCUUUAAGCAUCUUAAUAAACUUAGACACAUUCUAUCAACACGUUACUUACCAACGUUCUUUAAUCAUUUCUAUCUAGGACUUAAAUUCUUUGACAAAGAACGCUCAGGAUGGCUCCCAAAAGAAGUAGUUUACAACUACGCGGCUACAAAAUUCAUCAGAUUCGACGCGUCUUUGAUAGAACCUUUACUCUUACUCUGGAACGCUUUCGACGGACAACAGAUUGAGUACAAAACAUUCGCCCGCGUGAUAAACUACAGAAUACCAUCCGCAGACAUACCUAAGUUACCAGACUUCCCUGACGCGUGUAUAGAUUACAGAACAACUUAUAAAGAAAUGGUGAAGCCAGAUCAGCCUCCUGACUGCUCGCCUAUGGCAGGGGUGGGAGCGGGUAGAUACUUCGACUUGGAUUUCCCGAUAACUCCAGAGUACUAUACAAAGGCUGACAAAGUAUAUCUUUCUCACGAGACAGACAUGAGAGCCUGCCUAUCCCCUACCAUCAUGACGUUGUUUAACGUGAACCAUAGAGAUAUGUACGCGAAGCGAGAGCCAGAGGUAGUUCGUCGGGUGUUCGAGAAGAUCGGGGAAAAGUUUACUGAUGAGAGCUUCAAGAUCAUUUGGGAGAAAGCGAAGAAGUAUCAUUCUGAAGGCUGGGUGUGUUUCGAGACAUUUAAACGUGCUUUGGAGGCGGGAGCUGGCAGCAAGGUUUAGGACAUUUUGACUUCGCUGUGACGGAGCAAUCGAGUCACGUUUUAAAAAAGACAUUUUUGAAACGCCGAAGACGAAUGGGUAGAUUUAACGGUUUUGGGAUUUA